AUGAAGUAUCUUUUGAUCACUAUUGCCUUUGUAGCUUUGUUCUACCCUUCUGAAAGUGCCAUAACAUGUUAUGACUGUAGUCAUACUUCCAGUCCAUGCAAAAUUGCGGAGACUUGUUCAGCAGAGUUUGAUUCUUGCGUCUGGGUCAAAUCGGAUGAACAUGAAGAGUCCUAUAGCUGCUGGAAAUCUUCCCAAUGUGAAUUCAAAGAUAUCGAGGAACACUUUAAUACUGGUUCCUUUUCGUAUAAGUGCUGUCAUUCAGACUUGUGUAAUAGCGGUCCAUAG